CACUACCACGUUGCCGACCGCGCUUCUUCCUGUCGCCAUUUUGCUUUUUCGAUUUUUCUUGUCGGCGUCGUCGGAGUGUGAUUGUGUAAAAAUAAAGUAUUUCAUUUAGUGUGUAAUAAUAGAUUGAAUACGUGUUAUUUGUUUCACUUACGUCUCUUCAGUCCCUGUGCUCAUCAUGUCUGAUCGAGAGAGAAGUCGCUCGAGAACUCGAAACGGGUCUCGGGAGCCGCCAAAAGCUGUAGUAAUGUCUCGUGGGCACAGCCGUAGCCGGUCUAGGACGCCGCCUCCGCCAAAGACAUCAAGCAGAAAAUAUAGAAGCCCCACCCGUUCCCGCUCGGGCUCCCCGCGCCGCGGAUACCGCUCGAGGUACUCCCGAAGCCGCAGCCGCUCCUACUCCCCCCGUGGCUCUUACAGGCGCUCGCAUUCCCACAGCCCCAUGUCUUCGAGGCGACGACAUAUGGGAGACAGGAAGCAGGCAGCCCACCUCGUGGAGAAUCCAACACCUUCUCGAUGCCUUGGUGUCUUCGGCCUGAGUCUGUACACCACAGAGCAGCAGAUCAACCACAUCUUCUCGAAAUAUGGCAAUGUUGAUAAAGUACAAGUUGUUAUAGAUGCCAAGACCGGUCGUUCCCGCGGUUUCUGCUUCGUGUACUUCGAGAACCAGGAAGACGCUAAGCUUGCCAAGAACGAGUGCACCGGCAUGGAGAUUGACGGGCGUCGCAUCCGAGUGGACUUCUCCAUCACUCAGCGUGCCCACACUCCCACCCCUGGGAUCUACAUGGGCAAGCCAACUAGCGUGAGCAGAGGUGAUAAUGGCUACGACAGACGCGGCAGGGAUAGAGAUUAUUUUUCCUCCCCCAGCGAUUACUACUACCGCGGGGGCGGCGGCGGUUACCGCGACCGCGACUACUAUCACCGCGGCUACCGCCACCGCUCGCCGUCGCCGCACUACCGCCGCUCGCGCCGCUACGAGCGGGAGCGCUCGUACUCGCCGCGUCGUUAUUAGUAAGGUGAAGCUGAGGUCUGCUACAGACUAGCAUAGAUUUUGAUACGACACACCUUCCCAAAUGACUCCACUGGCCUCUCCAUGCAUUUAAACUGUACCUGUAGGCCAUUUGUAAAAUUGUUAAUUAUAUUACAAAUAUUUGUAAGCGCGACUCUAGUCACGCUCGCCAGAGAUGACCGUUUAUGUUUAUUAAAAGUGAUACGAAAGGGUCUUAGCAUAAGUUAGUAUAAGCCCGAAACGGGCGUAGACGCCUCUAGGAUGUAAAAUUAGAUCUAAUAAAGGUUUAACACUAAGUCUAAUAUUGAUUUUGUUUGUUUGAAAAGGUAUUGAAACAAGAAGUAAAGGAUGAAGUUCCUUGAAACUAACUGUGUUGAAGUUUUGAAAAUGUUUGAUUGAAAAAGUUUCGAAAUGGCGGUUGCCGAAAGCCGGCCGACGGAAAGAAAAGUCCAAGUUGAAGUUGUCGAAGCGAAAAGAAUAUGAUCGGGUCAGCCGUAGCGAAGCUGGAAGGCCGAAGAUCUCCCCGCGCACAGAUCAUAUUCUUUAUCUUCCGACUGUCUGUCUGUCUAGUUAUCUAUCUAUUUACAGUACACACACUACAGUAUUUCUCGUAUAUGUUGACGUGAUCAUUGCAUUUUUCAAUAUCAUAGUAUGUAUUUUAUGUAUCUCAGGUGGUCAUACACAUUAAUUAGUGUAGAUUUGUGAGCGAACUAUCAAUAAAUUAGUUUUGUAAUACCA